CAUCUUCCUCUAGUUUAUAUGUGGGACGCCUACCACAGCAUGGCGUGCCAAGCGGUGCCAUGUCCGCACCCGGAAUUCGGGCGGGCGAACCCCGGAACGCUGAGAAGCGGAGCGUGCGAACUUAACCACUGCGCCACCGGGCCGGCCCAUCCAGGCCCCUUCCUUGGUGGGCACGCUGGUCUUCUCGGGCCCUGCUGGGGCGCAGAGGUUUGGGCGGCGGGGGAGGGGGCCCGUCCAGCACGCUGGACAGCGCCCGUCGGCUCCGCCCCACGGUUCCUCCUCCCGGCCUGGCUCGGUGGGUCCAGGCCGGCGUCCGCCUGAGGUUUGGUCGGGCCAUCCACAGCGCGGUCCGCCAGGCUGGCCGUUGCCCCGCCAGCCGGUUGGGGGAGGGCAGCUCCGAGCAGAUGGGCGGGGGACGCCCAGCCAGUUUGCUGCAGCAACGGCCACGCGGCGCGGAGGCGGGCCCCGGCGGGCCACUGGGGCCGCGGCGGGCAGCGGUGGCCGGCACCCAGGACCGCCUCGCUCCGCCCGUCAUGUGAGCUCCGACUGUCCCGUGGGAGGGAACCCGGAGCUGGAGCCACUUGAAAUGAAAAUUAGCUCUGAAGGCUCCUGAGUUGCCUCUUCUCUGGGCCUCAGUUUCCCCCCUUCAAAAUGGAGGACGGGGAAACCAGAUAACCUCUAAUUCGGGGGGGAGCCAGACGAAUCUAUGAAGUCCUCAGAGCCCUGGGCAGGCGUCCAGCCACGGGAGCCCCAGUCCUGCCCUGGCCAGUUCCCAGCCUCUAGAGCCCAAGCAAGUUGAGACCUCUCUCCGGGACUCGGUUUCCCCUUCCAGUUCAGCCCUUCAGCCGCGGAGCAACUAGUGGAGCGAGUCCCUCCCCGUAGGAGAAACUCGCUUGGGAGCUCCCUGAGGCCGGGCCUUGGGGUCCCGCCGCCGCUGGGUCCCCUGCCCGAGCCUAGGGCGGGGCUCGGAGGAGGCGCUGAGCCAGGAUGAAUGAAGCAGGGUGGCGCUGGACAAGGAGGGACUCCAGCCUGAGCGAGGCGAGGCCUGGCCCCACCCGCGCCCCUCCUGCCCGCGGAGUCCGGGCAGCGAUGGCUUCGAUGGCGCCCACACACACCCCUGCAAGUGCUGGGGGGCGCCGCAGGCCCGCGACCCCGCAGCACAGGGGAUGCGAAGGUCUGGAGCGGGAUCCCGGGGGCUCUACCGUCCCCACUCCUACCCCCACCAUGCGGAGGAACAAAGGCGGGGGUGGGGCCCCGAAGGCGGCCUGACUCCGCGGGGCGGGACCCGCUGGGCGGGCGACGCCGCCUCCUUAAAGGCGGGCUGCGGGGGUGGCGCGCACUCCUCUGGCUCCUGCUCGGGCAGAGCACUGAACCCGCUUCCCGGCUUCGGUCUCUGCUCCGCCUCCGGGCGGGCGCAGGUCUCCCACUCGCGGAGGCCCCCAGAGGCGCCGCUUUCCCGCCGAGCAUGGGGCUGCCUCGGAGGACCGGGGACCGAGCGGAGCUGCGCAAGAGCCUGAAGCCGCUGCUGGAGAAGCGCCGCCGCGCGCGCAUCAAUGAGAGCCUGAGGCAGCUCAAGGGGCUCAUCCUGCCGCUGCUGGGCAGGGAGAGCUCCUGCUACUCGAAACUGGAGAAGGCGGAUAUCCUGGAAAUGACCGUGCGCUUCCUACAGGAGCUGCCUGCGUCCUCCUGUCCCGCGGCAGCGCCCGCGCCCUCCGACAGCUACUGUGAGGGUUACCGGGCCUGCCUGGCGCGCCUGGCCCGCGUGCUGCCCGCCUGUCGCGUCCUGGAGCCCGCCGUGAGCGCUCGCCUGCUGGAGCACCUGCGGCGGAGGGCAGCCGGUGCCAGCCCCAAUGGCAGGCGCGCUGGGGACACCUGCUGCCCGCCCUCGCUCUCCCCGCCACCCCCGCCCGCACCCUUACCGCCUGUGCCUCCACGUGGCCCCGGCCUCUGGCGGCCCUGGUAGCCCCCUGGCGGGUCCACGGACCCUGCUGAUAUUGAGGGACCUGCAGCACUGGGCAGACUGAGAAAGCUCUUGGUGGCAGCUGCUGUUCCCAUCACGAGGGACCGGACCAGCCCAGCACACACAACCAGCCGGAACCGGAUGUUUGCGGUCUGUGUGGCUGACUGAAGGCCAUGGGGACUCAGCUGGAGGAAAUAAGGGGAGAACCCCAGUUUCACUCUCAACUUGGGGGUGUCUGGGCCGGGGGAGAAGGGGCUGUUGGCUGCCAAGGGAGAAAGAAGCCCCUCAUCCCAGCUGGGGCUCUAGAACUGGGCCAGCCACAGCCACCUGGGCAGCUGACACACCUGCCCCAGUGCUGGCACCAGCCCAAGGGCUGGGCCGGGAGCUCACCUGAGCCAGUUUCAGCCAUCUGCUCUGACUGAUCGCUCCCCUUCCAGCCCUGCUUGGGCCUGCCUCCUCACCAGCUCAGCUUGGGAACCUCUGGGCACACAGCAGCAAUGGCCUGAGGGCUGUGUACGCCGGGGAGCCAUCACCUCCACUCCUGGGCUCUCCUGCCCAAAGCUGCCAAUUAUAGGGACAGGAUGCAGCGAGGAUUCUGUGUUGCUGGGCGUGGGGGCUUCGUUACGUGUCUUGAGAAGGAUUUCUUUCCCCAAGCAUUAACACCUAUGUACGGCACACCAGGUCUGGUGAUCUUCGGGUAGGAGGAAGGGGUGAGACGAGAGUGAGGGUGCCCUGUGGCCCAUCGCUUUGAAGGGCCUGAGCCCAGCACAGAGCCGGCGCCAACAUGAAGUGAGCAGGACCCAUGUCACUGAGCAGCAGAAAGUGAAGGGAUGCCAGCAGGUUAAGGAGCAGGAAACAUCUUUCUCUUGCAAACUGCUCCCUGCUACUCAUCAGGAUGGGUUACUGGAAGCAACUUGCUCUUAAGACUUUUCUUCCUCCUCCAUGGAAGCCAGGAGAGGCUGUGAAGACUCAGAGAGGGCUCGUGGAUCCCAGUAGUGGGUGCCCAAGAGAAGGUGGGAGCACCUGCAGCCCUCUGUCCACUGUGCUCCCACCAUUUCGUGGAGAUUGCUGAGCAUUCGCAGGAGGCUGGGAGUCCUCCCCUCAGUCUCCAGUCCAGCAGCCUGUUGGAGGGACCGGGGCUCUAUGCGCACAAAGACAGAACUGACAGGGGUGGAGGUGUCACUAGAUCGGACAUAAACCGUGAUGACCUAGGCACUGAUUUGGGUGGCAGGAUGUGGGGAAGCUGUGGGCAUUAUUGAAGAAGUCAAUAUUAAGACAACAGGGUGAGCCCCCAGCAGAGUGUGCUGUCCUUCCACCUCUCUGGGCCCAGCUGCUGGACUAUAAGCUCUUGGAAGGCAGGGCUGGGGCCAAGUGCCCCUGUGUGUUCCCGAGGACCUCGGCACAGGUGGGUGCUCAAUAAACAUCAUGAGCCAAUGAA